UUAGGACAACGCAAGAAUCGAUAUGUCUCAAUUUGAACCAGUUAUUGUGAUUGAUGGUAAGGGCCAUUUGUUAGGUCGUUUGGCUUCCAUUGUUGCCAAGCAAUUAUUGAACGGCCAAAAGAUCACCGUCGUCAGAUGUGAAUCGUUGAACAUCUCUGGUGAAUUCUUCAGAAACAAAUUGAAAUACCACGACUACUUGAGAAAGUCGACUAGAUACAACAAGAGAAAGGGUCCAUUCCACUUCAGAGCUCCAUCUAGAAUUUUAUACAAGGCCAUCAGAGGUAUGAUUCCUCACAAGACCGCCAGAGGUCAAGCCGCUUUGGAAAGACUCAAGGUCUUCGAAGGUAUUCCACCACCAUACGAUAAGAAGAAGAGAGUUGUUGUUCCUCAAGCCUUGAGAGUCUUGAGAUUGAAGCCAGGUAGAAAGUACACUACCGUUGGUAAGUUGUCCUCUGCUGUCGGCUGGAAGUACGAAUCCAUCGUUGACAAGUUGGAAGAAAAGAGAAAGUUGCAAGCCGCUGAAUACUACGCCAAGAAGAAGGCUUUGACCAAGAAGGUCGAAGCUGCCAAGGCUACUACUGCCGAAUCCGAUGUUGCUAAGCAAUUGGCCGCUUUCGGUUACUAAGCGUAAAUGAUAAUAACAUAAUUGGUUUCGGAUUGUUUUAUUAUUGUUUGUAAUCCACUAUAAUACAUGCAAAUAACAUAUAUUAGCAAA